CCUCUCCUCACCCUUGUUCGACAGUUAGCGGCAGCCUCGUCGUCGGACAUAAUAUUUUCUUUCUUCAACACGGAAAAAUCCAAUUGCGCCAUUUUUUCAGGUCAGGAGUUCGACAACAUAAAAGCAUACGACGUGUGGGAUGGGACGCCUGAAGGCGAAGCUUUUUCCGGUAGUCAUUUCGAGGCGAUGCAGUUGUUCGUUGAUGCAACGCCCGGUAAUUUUGAGAAGGCUAUGAAAGAAGCAGAAUCGGAAAGUGGGCUGAAAAUAAGCUGCUUAUUGACUGAUGCCUUCCUUUGGUUUGCCUGUGAUAUGGCUGAGGAAAGGAGGGUCCCCUGGGUGGCAUUUUGGGCUGCUUCGCCUUCCUCUCUUUCAGCACAUAUGUGCACAGAUCAAAUUUGGAGCAUGAUGCGAUCGAUUGGUGCUGCAGAAAGAGAAGAAAAAACUUUAUCUUUUUUACCAGGAAUGUCAUCAGUCCGCUUCAGUGAUUUGCCUGGAGAAAUCCUACCGGAAAAUUCAGAAUCCCCAUUGGCAAUCAUGAUUUACAAAAUGUUCGGGUUUGCAUGGUUUGAUGGGACAAUUAGAACACUCGAUCAUAUUUGGCAUGUUCCUGAUUUGAAGAAUAAUCUUAACUCAUUGGCUACUCUUGAUUCAAAAGAGUACAAGUUCAUCGGUGGAGAUGAAGUUUUAAAAGUUUGCAAAGGUGUUCAAGAUGUAUGGUAG